AUGAGCUUAUCACCACCACAAAAUAAAGACAUGAGGAUACUUGACAGAGAUGCUUUUAAGAAAACAUUUACAACUCUGGCUGUCCGUGUUUCGGCAUCGCUUGUCAAGCAAAUCACCAUCGCUUUGAACGAUGUCUUAUUGAAUCAGCCACGAUUACAUAAUGUUGUGUCAGACAAUAAUGCUGCAACAGAUACAAAAUUGAUUCUGUUGAGUCUUCAUGUAAAAGAUGUUAAAGAAGACCUCUCAAACGAACAAUUCCUAUUGAUAAAAGACCAUGACAUAGUUUCAUAUACUUUCGACUUGAGCUAUGACUAUUGGACAACAGAGCAGAUCUUGUCGUCUGUAAUGCUGGAAGGCGAUGCGGAAGCACCUUCCUCUUAUACUGUAACAGGACAUAUAGCGCAUGUGAACCUGAAGGAAGAGAAUGCACCUUAUAAAUCACUAAUAGCCCAAGUGAUACUCGAUAAAAACAAAAAAAUCAAGAGCGUUGUAAAUAAGACCAGCACUAUCGACAAUACAUAUCGAAAUUUUGAGAUGGAGAUCUUAGCAGGGGAUCGAAAUAUGAUCACAGAACUGAAAGAAAACGAGUGUCGAUUCAAAUUUGACUUUUCCAAAGUUUACUGGAACUCUCGCUUGCAAGCUGAGCACCGUCGGCUUAUCGGUUUAUUUAAAAAAGGAGAUUACAUAUGUGAUGUGAUGGCAGGCGUAGGACCAUUUGCAAUUCCUGCUGCAAAAAAAGGUGCUUACGUCUAUGCAAAUGAUCUUAAUCCUUCUUCCUUUCAGUGGCUAUCCGAAAAUGUCAAGUUAAAUAAGAUCUCAUCAGAUAACAUUAAAACGUUCAAUCUGGAUGGACGGGAUUUCAUAAGACAAGCAGUGGAUGAUCUUUAUAUCGAAACUGGACAUACAUUUAAUCAUUUCAUUAUGAAUUUACCUGCGACUGCAAUCGAGUUUUUAGACACAUUUAAGGGCUUAUAUCGAGAAAGAGCGACUACGAUGGAGCCAAAUAAGCUCCCGCUGAUUCAUUGCUAUUGUUUUACGAGAAGCUCUGAUCCCACAGAUGAUAUCACACAGCGUAUAAACCAAAUUAUCGGGUGUCCAACCGAUGCUAAUCACUUCAAACUGCAUUGGGUCCGUACAGUGGCCCCAAAAAAGGAUAUGUAUUGUGUAUCUUUCCGUCUUACUCCCGAAAUUGUUUUUUCCUAA